AAUGAAGUGACAGUUCUGCAGGAAACCACAAUUCCCAGGAUGCAGUGCUGCACUGUCCAAUGUACGGGGGAAGGGAAGCUGAGAUUGGAGGGAGAAAGAUGCUGAAACUGAGGCUUCCGGCUGUCGAAGAUCCCUUUCGAUGACCUUUGUGGAUAUGAGCACGUUUUUCAUUGGAUUUUUGUUGCCGUUUCCCAUGAGGCUGAAGACAUUACAAAUUUUUGUGCUUGUAUUUUAAGCUGAAACUGUGCUGGAUCCUCAAGGCUUUCAUUGGAUGUGUUUCCAGUGCCCAAGCAAUGACGUGUCCUGGACUGGGUGAAUCCAUCCCUAAAAAGCAAUGUCACUAUUUGGCUUCUUUGCACCUUUAAUGGAGCUGAGGAGAAAAACCACUGGCGAAGCACAUCUGUGGAGGAGGGGAAACGGUUUCCAGGAAGUUGUGCAUUGAUGAGAAGCCAUUUGUGUUGGUUAGCUGUCAUAGACCAAUACCUGCACAUUCCUGUCUGUACACACACUCAAAGGGCAGCCUUUUCAUAACUACUAAAACAGGCUGUCAUUACAACCACACAGCCAGUGGGAUUGCAUGUAGAGAGAAUAUGUGCUUCACAUGGAUUUCUGUUUUAUGAAGCCACUCUGUGACUGUGGGCUUUAGCAUUUCUGUUUUUAUGAAGAAAAAGCAUAAAUAUGUGCGCCAAGGAAACCAUGGUGUGCAUCAGCUCCUCAGCCCAUCGCAGUCCAUGAUCUCAGAAGCCUUUCGAGGAACAGGAUCAAACUUACUAUCUAUCACACUCAUGCGAUGGCAGAAGACACUGAUGUCCACUCUGAGGGCCUGAAUGGUUUGUCUCAUGAAUGUAAACCAUUUGAAGAGAUCAAUAAUGGCCAUCCCAACAGUAAGUGUGUCAUGAAUGGACUGAUUAUUUGUCCUAGUGUCAAAGAACACACGAAUGGUAGUGCAACAUUCAGAUCCCUGCCGACUUCAGCUCUGAAGCAGAAUGGUCUUCUGUAUACCCUAACAGCCGGAAAGGAGCAACUUAUGUCUGCAGAGGAAAAUUCUGAGUUGGAAAAGGCCAGACAAGAGUGGGAUGCUCUGGAGAACAACCAACCAGCUCUCACUGAGGACUCAAACCCAACACCGCUCAUCCCCUUCAAUGAAGCUCUGCAGUACUUCCAGACCACAGACCUCGGGGACUUACUAAAGAAUAUCCAGCCAACUAUUCGUAGAUCAGGUCUUGCCGCUAUCACACACUUCCUCUUUGGCCCACCACGAUUGCACAAGGAACUUCUGGAGGAGCGGGAUUUGGUCUUUGCCAUUGCACAGUGUCCUGUAGACAACAACCAAACAGUCCACAUGCGUGUCCUUCAGACCAUUUAUAAGAGACUGAUUGGUAGCAGACUGGACUGUCCUCGUUAUGGUGUGCACUGGGAAAACAUCGGCUUUCAGGGUACAGACCCAGCCACUGAUCUACGUGGCACUGGAUUCUUGGGACUGAUGCAUGCUUUGUACUUUGUCAUGGAUCCAGAAACUCUGCCGUUAGCCAGAGUCAUCUAUAAGUUAUCACAUCAUCCUGUACAGAACUUUCCGUUCUGUGUGAUGUCAAUCAACAUGACCCGUAUUGCUCUGCAAGUACUGAGAGAGGAAGCCUUGUCUAAGGAGUGCAAUCGUCGUCAGCAAGUGGUUGGUGUGUUGAAUGAGUUCUAUGUUGCCGCGUAUCUGCACCUUUACCAACUGUGGAAGACCCAACAGAAAACCAUUGCUGACUCUGGAUUUGUAAUCAAAGAAGUGGAGCUGUUUGCCAAAAAGAACCCCAAGCAGAUGCUGCGUCGACUAGAAGUCUUCCUGAAGGAGAGACGGGCAGGUGGAAUCCCCCGUGGGACACUGGCAGACCCUCAAGUGCAACAGCACUCUCCCAGCCUGGGGGAGCGUGGGACCCGAGCCGGAGCAGGACAGAGCAGCAAGUCAAAAGAGAUGCACUUCACCGGAGUGUGCAGUCUACCGCCAGACAUGGAGGGAGAGGCCAGACUCAUCUAAGCUAGUGUGUGUGUGUGUGUGUGUGUGUGUGUGUGUGUGUGUGUGUGUGUGUGUGUGUGUGUGUGUGUGUGUGUGUGUGUGUGUGUGUGUGUGUGUGUGUGUGUAAUCAUUUUGUGAGUAUAUCUGUUAAUAUGUGUGCAGUGGGUUCCUCUGCAGGAGCUUGAAAAAGAAUGCAAUCAGACCCUGAUCUAGGACCUGCUGUCUAAUCCUCUUCACACUCUUGUGCUCUCCUACCACUUAUGCUGGUCAGAUCAGUUUUCGUUCAUAGAAUUUUUGUUGUUUUUUUAAUAUUAUUAAAAUAACGAGGACUUGUAUACAAAGGCGCGAUGCAGGGCAGAAACACAAGCUGUCAAACAAUAAAAAGGCAAACAUUUGCACUUUUCUGUUGUUUUUAUAGCCAAAUUAAUCUGCCAAAUUUUUCUGGUUGUAUGCGACAUACAAAGAAGUCCAAAAUGCUUCUCAGUUAUUGCGUGCAUGUUAAUAGCAGAG